AUGUAUUACUGGCUGAAAUCCCACACUUCGAUAAAAACACAGAGUACCGAACAAUAUGCUACAACGCGAAAACUAAUUAAAAGCGCUAUUCUAAGCAAUAAAUUUCUGGGAGAUCUCGAUGAGAAUCGUAUUGAGAAGAUAAUUUCAUCCAUGUAUCCGAAAAAAGUUAAAAGGCAAACGCGACUCAUCCACCAGGGUGAAAUAGGAUCUCAUUUAUACGUCUCAGAAGAUGGGAUUUUCGAAAUAUAUGUGGAUAAUAUAUAUUAUGGGAAUUUUGGAUCAGGCGUUGCUUUUGGAGAAUUAGCAUUAUUAUACAACACGAAAAGAUUAUGCUCAAUUGAUGCACAAACAAAUGGUAAAGUUUGGGUCCUAGAUCGAAAAAUCUUCCAAAUUAUAAUGCAGAAAACUGAAAGAGAAUAUACGCAUUAUAAUCUGCAAGUUUUCCGUCGAAUUUCUGUAUUACAAAUGCUUCCUGAGGAAGUCCUUUUAAAAAUGUCCGAUUUAAUAACUGUGGAAUUUUAUUCUUCUCAUUCGUACAUCAUACGCGAAGGAGAGCCGGGAGAUAAGUUCUUCAUAAUAAACGGUGGCAAUGUCAGAAUUACAAAAACUAAUUUGCAUGGUGUUGAGGAGGAACUGAUGAUACUUCAUAAAGGAAACUAUUUUGGAGAAAAAGCCCUAUACAACAAUGAUAGUAAACGACAAGCAAAUGCCAUCGCUCUACCACCUGGAACCGAAUGCUACACAAUCGACAGAGAAUCCUUUUUGAACUACCUCGGCGGAUUAGAAUCGAUACGAAAUAAGAAUUGGCAAGAUUAUAAAAGUCCGACAAUCACGGAUUUCUGGGAUUACGAAUUUCGAAACUUGACUCUAUCGGACAUAGAAGUCAUUGGAACCAUAGGCACUGGUGGUUAUGGUAGAGUGGAAUUAGUGAUCAUAAAAACGAUGCCAAAUAUUAGCUUCGCCAGGAAGAAAGUGCGUAAGAAGAUGAUUACACAGAAAGGAUACCAGAAACUUAUAUACAACGAGAAACAGAAUCUGAGACUAUGCAAUUCUCCUUUCAUUUGCAAAUUACACAGGACGUUCAAAGACAACAGAUAUCUUUACUUCCUGAUGGAGGCAUGCCUUGGUGGUGAUCUGCGAACAACUCUGUACAGAACAGGUCGAUUUAACGAUUCAACUGCUCAAUUCAUCAUCGCUUGCAUCCUGGAAGCACUCGAUUAUGUUCACACACUUGGUAUCGUCUAUAGAGCUUUAAAGCCCGAGAAUAUCUUGAUCGCCAACAAUGGCUACAUUAAGCUCGCCGAUUUUGGCUUCAGCAAGAUGAUAGGCCCUUACAAAACGAAAACCUUCGUAGGAACACCCGAAUACUUAGCACCGGAAAUUAUUCAAGUCAAAGGAUAUAACAGGGCCGUGGAUUAUUGGGCCCUUGGUAUUUUGGUGUACGAAUUGCUUCUCGGCCGAACGCCUUUCCAGGAUCCAAACGAUAUCGAGGUAGGCGAGAAGAUCGUGAAAGGUUUUGACAGUGUUCCUAUACCCAAUACGGUCAAUAGUACUGCAAAAAGUCUCAUGCGACAUCUUCUCCAAUUUAAUCCGACGAAGAGACUUGGCUGCUUGCGAAACGGUGCCAUGGACAUACGAAAUCACAAGUGGUUUUAUAAUUUCAAUUGGACGUCAUUACAGAAUCAAACAAUGAUCGCUCUUUUAAAACCAUCGAUAAAAGGACAUCUCGAUAUGAAGAAUUUUGAUGUCUAUCCCCAGGAUCGCGAACUAGUGCUGAAUGAUUUCUCCGAUUGGGAUACGAAUUUUUAGUUAUAAUAAACUAACAAUUAUUAUAUUACAAUAAUA